AAUGGUUCGCUACCGAUAUACAGAGUGAAUGCUCCUGGCAGAGCUCUUAUCCGAAAGGUGGCGCAACGCUGGGUAGUUCCGGUGCAUGGCGUCACGUUUAAACAAUACUGUUUACAAACGCUUUCCUUUCGGCUUCACGAGAAGAGUUAACAAUACAGUACAGAAUGAGUGAGACAGAUUCUGAUACAGGUGAUGCUCCUGUAACUCCUGAAAUACUUUUAAAAUGGAAGAAAUCAGAUCUUCAAAAAUGGUUAGCAGACAAAGGUCUUAAAAAAUCUGGAAAUAAGGACAUUCUAGUGAACAGAAUAAUUAGAGUAAUGAACUUUGGUGAGACAGAUAUUUCUGCCACAAGUGACAGUUCAGAUGGGGAUGAUGAAUAUGUUCCUAAUCCGUCAAAACUUAAAGAUGGGUGGGCAGAGCUGACAACGGAGAAUUGUCCAGAUGUUAAGGAAGAGAACAUUCUUAAUUACUUUAUCUAUUCAAAAGAUCCUGUUUCAGGUAAAUCUAAAAAGUGCAAAAGGCAGCUUAAAAAGGCAAGAAGACUCUGUGAUGAAAAUUUUCUUGGAAAUAUAAAAGUGAAUAAUGUUAACCAUACAUACAGUUGUAUUGCAGCAGAAUGUAGACCAAGUAUGAGACAUUUAGUAAAAAUAGAAGGAAAAAAUUAUGACCAUUACAGCCUCUAUGUUACCAUUAUUAAAACUGGACAAAUUGAAAUAUCCUCUUGUAAUUGUAAAGCAGGAAAAGCUGGAUUUUGUGCCCAUGUUGGAGCCGCCUUAUUUGCUGUUGUCAAAAUAAAAAAUCCCUGUACCUCAGGUGAUUGUAAGUGGAAAAAACCCAAAGAAAUUCAGAGACCGCCAAGUCCAAAAAGAUUACAAGACAUCAAGUUUCUCACAUCUGAUAAUCCACCAGUGAAACCUUAUCCAGAUGUAUACAUGUCCGGCCCGUGUAAAGAUCCUGAAAAUUUUCUUAAAGACAUACUGGAAGGACUGGGGCAGGCUCAUCCAGGAGCUGUUCUUUACCAAACAAUGUGUGCGAGGACUGCAGACAUAACACCCUUUUUAAAUAUUUAUGAACCAUCUUUCAUGUUUAUGGAUAGUGUUGAUUUAAACUCUGCAGUGUGUCAGUCAGAAUUUAUUGACUUUGUGAACAGGUUAGAAGUACCUCCCUUAACUGUGUCUGAAUUAAACAAUUCAACACGUGGUCAAGCCAACAAUAAAAACUGGAAAGAAGCCAGAACUUGUGUAUUGACUGCGUCUAAUUUUGGUUCUAUUUGUAAGAGAAAAGAAGAAACUCCUCCAGAAAAUUUGGUCAAAGUACUCUGUGGGUACAAUACUCCACCAAACACUUCCAGUAUUUCUCAUGGUAAAAAAUAUGAAUGUAAAGCCCGUAGGCAGUAUGUACAGAAUCACAGAAAAAACUGCAGAGGUGAUGUUUUUGUCGAAGACAUGGGACUGUAUAUUAGCAACAAGCAUCCAUUUUUGGGAGCCAGUGUUGAUGGAAAAGUUCAAUGCUCCAUAUGUGGAACUGGAGUUGUUGAGAUCAAGUGUCCGUAUGGGAGAAAAGAAGAUAAGUGGAGAAAAAAACUUCCAAAGGAAUGUGCCAGUAACCCAUCAUUUUGUUGUGAAUUGCGUGAUGAAAAGUUGUAUCUGAAAAGACAACAUAAUUAUUUCUACCAGGUUAUGGGCCAGAUGGCAGUAUUAGAUAUCCAGUGGGCAGAUUUUGUUAUUUGGACCAAAAAAGGAAUUUCCACAGAAAGAAUUGAAUUUGAUCAGACUUACUGGCACAAUAACAUGUUAUUUAAAUUGAAAUAUUUUUAUACCAGAAACAUUGUAGCUGAAAUUUACACUCGCAGGGUGAAACGUGGAAAGCAGUUAUAUUGA